AUAUUUUACAGUGGCGCAAGGUAUGAUGAGGUUUUUGUUUCUUUGCGGGGAUGUUUUUCUUUUCUGUCCAGUUGCAAAGUUGUGGGUUCAUUUUCCACCAACGUGGUUGGAUCUCUCUGCUUCCCCAAAUCAAUCUCUCUCUCUUUCUCUCUCCUCUCCUCUUCACUUUUUAAGCGGUUUUAUUUAUCAAAAAAUAAAAAUUAAUAAUUUAUAAUAAAUAAAGUCUUUAAUGAAUGAAGAUGAGGAGCAAUGCAAAAAAGCUGAUUUGAAAAGCUGAAAGCUUAUUUUAAAGAUAAAGUUAAAGAAAGCUGAAAACCGAAAGAUGUUGCCUUUUCCCCCUCUUCCAUGUUCACUUUCCUUUCUCUCCAAAUCUCAACCCAAGUGAAACACACACUACACUCAUCAUUAGCGUUUUCAGUUUAAUUAUACCAUUUCUUCUCAAUUCUUCUUUUUCAACAUCAUAUCAUAUCAUAUUAUUACACCAUCACACUCUUAGACGAUCAAACAUACAACAGAAUCAAAGAAACAUAAACAAAACCAUGUUAGGCGGUUCUUCUUCGUCCUCAGCUCCGUCGUCGGAGCAUGUCAAUAUGGGUGGUAAUAGUCCAGCUGACAACGGGAAUAGUAGCAAGCGCAAACGCCGCCCUGCUGGUACUCCAGAUCCAGAUGCGGAGGUGGUGUCGCUAUCGCCGAAGACACUGCUAGAGUCGGACCGAUACGUCUGCGAGAUCUGCAAUCAAGGGUUUCAAAGGGACCAAAACUUACAGAUGCAUAGAAGACGGCAUAAAGUACCAUGGAAGCUACUGAAGCGAGAGAAUCCGGUUGUUAAAAAACGAGUAUUCGUGUGCCCCGAACCUACUUGCCUUCACCAUGAUCCUUGCCAUGCACUCGGCGACUUGGUUGGCAUCAAGAAACACUUCCGCCGUAAACACAGUAAUCAUAAGCAAUGGGUCUGUGAUAAGUGCUCUAAAGCUUACGCUGUUCAAUCUGAUUAUAAAGCUCAUCUCAAGACUUGUGGCACUCGCGGCCACUCCUGUGAUUGCGGCCGCGUCUUCUCCAGAGUUGAAAGCUUCAUCGAACACCAAGACGCUUGUCACAUGGGACGUCUCCGCUCUACAGAUCAUCAUCAACCCGGAAACAAUAAUUCGAAUCAACUACAGCAACAUCAUCAACAACAGCAACAUCAGCAGCAGCAGCCGACGGUGUGUUUGUCGCGAGCUGCUUCGAGUUCUAGCCCGUCGAAUGAUACUACUAACAACAAUGUUAAUGUGGCUGGUCCAUGGCAUAACACUGGCCUAACAAUGACAACAGCGACGACGACAAUGACAAAGCCUUCAUUAUCUGAGAACCUUCACAAUCUUGAGCUCCAGCUCUCUGUGUCUCCUAAGGCUACAGAUCACGAGAACCAAUCGACUCAGCUUCAGCUAUCCAUUGGUUCCACCUCGGAUAUGGGUGAAAAGAACGCUACUCCAGAAACAAACUCAAAAUCAAACAAGAAGGCUGCUUCAGCAUCGAGUCCUUCACAUCAUCAAACAACAACGCUCAAGGAGCAAGCGAGCGAGCAACUUAAACUCGCAAUGGCGGAAAAAGCAUACGCAGAAGACGCUAGAAGAGAGGCGAAACGACAGAUUGAGCUAGCAGAGAAAGAGUUUGCUAACGCCAAGCGUAUAAGACAGCAAGCGCAAGCUGAGUUAGACAAAGCUCAAACACUCAAAGACCAUGCUAUGAAACAAAUCAGUGCCACUCUCAUGCAGAUUACUUGUCAUGCUUGUAAACAACAGUUCAACGCUUCGCCUACGACAGUGACAACAACGACGACGGCAACAACAUAUGCUCUUCAUCUAGAAGACCAGAACAGCUCUCUUGCUGAAAGCCAGGUUGAAGAUGAUAAUAAUAUGUAAUAAAAUUUUUGACGUUAGCUCUUUACACAUUAUCUUGUACUAUUGCCUGCCCUUAAUUGUGUCGUUAAAUAUAUCAUUUUGGAGGUUUUAACCAUAAUAUAUAAAUGGAGGGAAUCCUAUGAUAGUACUUAGAGUUCAUGUGUAUGUUAGUUAUUUUUGUUUUUUCUUUUUUUUUUUUGGUGUGGAGGGAGGUUUGUUAAUUUGUUGAUUAAAUUUGGUAAAAUCAUAUAAAUAAUGUAGGUAGAAAAAGGGCCUUCAUUAAGGAUAUGUUUUUGUUCUUUAAUGUAUGGUAUUUUGUUUGUAAUAUAUAGAUUAGGAAUUAAGGCUUUGAAUAAUUAAUAAUAUUAUUUCCAUUCUAGUGUUAAGAAAAUCUCAUAGAAUAAUAGCUUGAAAAAGGAAGAUCUCAUAUGUUUACUUUAAUGUACGUUGUAUUUUAUUUAAUGUUCCAUCUAUUAAUAUAAAUAAUUAAAACACUUAUCUUGUUAGGUCGUC